AUGGCGGCGGCGGCGAGCCGCCAGGGUCCAUGGGGAGGUUUGCUGUGCGGCCUGGCGCUGGUCCUGAUCUGCGUCAUGGCGUUCUCGAUCCGCCUCUUCUCGGUGAUCAAGUAUGAGAGCGUCAUUCACGAGUUCGACCCCUACUUCAACUACCGCGUCACCCAGUUUCUCUCAAAGGAGGGGUUCUAUAACUUUUGGAACUGGUUUGAUGACCGCACGUGGUACCCUCUGGGGCGAGUUAUCGGUGGGACAGUGUACCCGGGUCUCACUCUCACGGCUGGCACCAUGUGGUGGCUCGCCAACGCUCUCAACUUCCCCUUCUCAGUGGAGACAGUGUGUGUGUUCACGGCGCCAGUGUUCUCAGCGCAUGCGGCAUGGGCCACCUUCCUCUUGGCCAAGGAGGUCUGGGGCACGGGGGUGGGGCUGACUGCUGCUGCUCUUAUCGCCAUGGUCCCAUCGUACAUCUCUCGCUCCGUGGCUGGCAGCUACGACAAUGAGGGGGUUGCCAUCUUUGCCCUCGUCUUCACCUUCUACCUCUACAUCAAGACCCUCAACACGGGAUCACUGUUUUAUGCCACAGCCAACGCAGCGGCCUAUUUCUACAUGGUCAUGUCGUGGGGCGGCUACACCUUCAUCAUCAACCUCAUCCCCAUCCACGUGCUGCUCUGCAUCGUCACUGGCCGCUUCUCCUCGCGGCUCUACAUCGCAUUUGCCCCUCUGAUAAUUCUCGGCACGUUGCUGGCAGCGCUGGUGCCAGUGGUGGGCUUUAACGCUGUCAUGACGUCUGAGCACUUCGGAGGGUUCCUGGUGUUUGUGGUGCUGCACAUCGCUGCACUCAGCUACUACAUCAAGGCACUGCUGCCCGCUAAGGCGUUCCGCAUUGCUCUUACUCUCAUCGUCUCAGUCGGCACAGUGGCGGCAGUGGCGCUGCUCUCUGCUCUCGUCGCCAUGGUGCUCGCCAGCCCCACGCUGGGCUGGACUGGUCGCUCCCUCAGCCUUCUCGACCCCACAUACGCCUCCAAGUACAUCCCCAUCAUCGCCAGUGUGAGCGAGCACCAGCCGCCCAUGUGGACGUCCUAUUUCAUGGACCUACAGCUGCUCGCUUUUCUUGCGCCCGCUGGCCUCAUUGCAUGCUUCCUGCCACUCACAGACGCAAGCUCCUUUGUGGCCCUCUACCUCGUCGUCUCUGUUUACUUCUCUGGAGUCAUGGUGCGUCUGAUGCUGGUGCUGGCGCCAGCAGCGUGCAUCACGGCGGGCAUCGCAGUCAGCGCUCUCUUUGACGUGCUCACUCGCUCCGUCAAGGCCUCUAUAGCCGAGCUCAUCGACCUGGCGUAUGCUGCUGCCAAGCAGGACAAGGGGGAGAAGGAGGAGGCUGCUCCUGCUGCUACUGAGGCCACCAGCAAGACUGGCGAGGCGAGCCAGGCCAAGGAGCGCAAGGCAGGAGCGGGGAAGAAGAAGAAGGGCAGGGAGGGCGAGGGGGAGGGGGGGGAGUCUGACGAGGAGCCUGCAGGGGGGGCUGCGGGCGCUGGGGGGAAGAAGGGGGUGAAGGGGAAGGGGAAGGGGAAGGGGGCGAAGGAGAAGGAGAAGGCGAAGGGGAAGUUUCCGCUGGUGGUGCCGGGGGAUGCUGCAGCGGUGGGCAUCAUUCUCAUGCUCGUUGGUCUCGCCUUCUACACCAUGCACUGUGUGUGGGCGGCAGCAGACGCGUACUCAGCGCCUUCCAUCGUGCUCUCCUCUCCCACCAACGAUGGAGGGCAAUACAUUUUUGAUGACUUCCGUGAGGCGUAUGGGUGGCUGCGCCACAACACGGACGUUAACGACAAGGUGGCAUCGUGGUGGGACUAUGGCUAUCAGACAACCGCUAUGGCGAACCGCACGGUGAUCGUGGACAACAACACGUGGAACAACACGCACAUUGCCACGGUUGGCAUGGCCAUGUCAUCGCGGGAGAAGGACGCGUGGGCGAUUUAUCGCUCCAUCGAUGUGAAAUACGUCUUUGUUGUGUUCGGAGGCAUGGUGGGCUAUCCCAGCGACGACAUCAACAAGUUCCUGUGGAUGGUGCGGAUUGGAGGCGGCGUGUUUCCGCGAAUCAGGGAGCCCGAUUACCUGAACAACGGCAACUACCGGGUGGAUGGUGAGGCCACCAGCACCAUGCUCAACUGCCUCAUGUACAAGCUCUCCUACUACAGGUUCGCAGAGGUGGACGGGAGGGGCUUUGACCGAGUGAGGCGCACGGAGAUAGGCAAGAAGAACAUCAAGCUCACGCACUUUGAGGAGGCUUGCCCGACACCCAUGGCGUUCUCGCGGAGUCUAUUUCGGGCAGCAAACGUCGUGAAGAGGAGCCAGAAGGAUGGGAGUUUCUCGCGGCUCUUUAACCAGGCAUUUCGCCCAUUGACCACGGAGCUGCACGCGAAGCUGCAGGAGGUGGUGCCGCAGCAGCAGGAGCGGAUUCGACAGAUCAAGUCGCACUACGGCAACCUGUCCAUGGGCAAGGUCACCGUCAACAUGGCGAUCGGAGGAAUGCGAGGGGUGAAGGGGUUGGUGUGGGAGACGUCACAGCUCGACCCCGAGCAGGGCAUCAAGUUCCGCGGGUACAGCAUCCCCGAGUGCCAGCAUCUGCUGCCCAAGGCCGUGAUCGAUGGCGAGCCCAUGCCCGAGGGGCUGCUCUGGCUGCUGCUCACCGGCGAGGUGCCCACCAGAGAGCAGGCGGCCACAGUGACGCAUGAUCUGCACGAGCGAGCCAAGAUGCCUGAGUACGUGCACACGGUGCUGAACGCCCUCCCCAGGGACAUGCACCCCAUGACGCAGCUCUCCAUUGGCGUCAUGGCGCUGCAGAAGGGCAGCCGCUUCGCCCGCGCGUACCACGAAGGCAUGCCCAAGAGCAAGUACUGGCACCUCGCUUACGAGGAUGCCUUGGAUCUGAUUGCUACUCUGCCCCAGGUAGCGGCGCACAUCUACCGGCACACCUUCAAGGACGGCAAGAUCAUUCCGCCCAACGAAAAGCUUGACUACGCCGCCAACUUCGCCCACAUGCUGGGAUUCAAUGACCCGCAGUUCCACGACCUCAUGCGCCUCUACCUCACCAUCCACGCGGAUCACGAGGGAGGCAACGUGAGCGCGCACGCCACCCACCUGGUGGGCAGCGCCCUCUCCGAUCCCUACCUCUCCUUCGCUGCUGGCCUCAACGGUCUCGCGGGUCCUCUCCACGGCCUUGCUAACCAGGAGGUGCUGCGGUGGUUGGAAGAAGUCAAGGCAGACGUGGGGGAGGAAGCAGGCAAGGAUGAGCUGAGGGACUUUGUGUGGCGCACGCUGCAGAGCGGCAAGGUGGUGCCGGGCUAUGGCCACGCUGUGCUGCGGGUGACCGAUCCGCGCUACAGCUGCCAGCGCCAGUUUGCGCUCAAGCACCUGCCCCACGACCCCACCUUCAAGCUGGUAUCCAACCUGUACGAGGUGGUGCCCCAUAUUCUCCUCGAGACGGGCAAGGUGAAGAACCCCUGGCCCAACGUGGACGCGCACAGUGGCGUGCUGCUGCAGCACUAUGGGCUCACCGAGGCCAGCUACUACACCGUGCUCUUUGGCGUCUCACGAGCCAUGGGAGUGCUCUCUCAGCUGGUGUGGGACCGUGCCCUGGGCUUCCCCAUCGAGCGCCCCAAGAGCAUCACGCUGGACUGGAUUGAGGAGUUUGCAUCAGACAAGGCGCAUAAGGAGGAGCAGCACGCGCACGAGCACAAGCACUAG